CAGACUAGCCUAAGUGGAGGAGUGGGAACAGUGGGAUUUAUCAUUUGUUUCAUAACUUACUUCAGCUUCUGCCAUGGCCAACGUGUUAGGAAUCACUAAAAGCUAGAAUUUUGCCCUCUUUCUUGUGACUAAUCAUAUCUGAGAAGAAGCACGUGAGAUAUUGGUGAUGGUCUCUGCUUAAAAUCUCCAAUCUCAAUGGUGCACAUACUAGUCAGAAAGGUCGAGGCCACCAACAUGUUCUUCUCCUCCUGGAUCUUAGUCUUCUUCGCAGUAGGAAUCAUCAUAGAAGAAUGGGCUGAACUGAAGUUGGGACCCCAAAAACCUACAAUAACCCACAGUCCAUGGAUAUGUUGUACUUCCCUGUGGCCAUCAGAUGGCCUGGAAGUGAUCAGGAACAUUCUGAUUGUGGUGUUCAGCCUUUCCUUCAUGCAUAACUUGCUCCUGGGUUUUGAAUUCACCUAUAUGAUUCCUCAAACCAAAUAUACUUUCAUUAUGACUGCCUGCCUUGCUUUCCUCACAGGCAUCCUUCUGCUCGGUGCACUCCUACUGUAUCACCACAUGCUACGUCAAGGAGAAUCCGUGUACUACUCAAGUUACAAGAUCAGCUGGAUCAUUUUCACUGCGUACUUAAAUGUUUUAUUCUUAUUCAUCUCUGGAUUCCUCUCUGUCUUACAGUACAAGCAGUCCAUUGAUGGUUCUGGCACCCUGAUCCCCAGAUCUGCCAGAAAAAGUCAAGUUAUGGAGCAACAUGGGGUUUCUAUCAAAGUUGUCUCGUUACCAGCAGGUACUGUAAUGCCUCGUAGUAUUGUCCGAUUACACUCUGCCCACAUGAAAGAAGAUUCUCCAGAAAGACUGAACAUCCAAGCACGUCGUGUAACCUGGGCUCUAUGAUUUGACAAUUUAUUUUUCAGUAUAUGUUCAUCUUGAUGGCAAAAGCUUGUGCAUAUGUGGUGUGUGUAGGUCCAGCUGUAUGGUCUGGUUUGGCAUUAUAUAAAUGAUUAAAACUGGGUUGGGGUCUAUAAGAAGAUCCAGAAGCCUCAAUUUUUCUUUUUUACCCUGACCAGCUUUUAUUUGUUCU